CGGGGGGCGCAGGAAGCGGAAAGCCGCGCCGCGCCGCCGGGGAGCGGGGCGGUGAACCAUGUUGAGCCCUGCCAACGGGGAGCAGCCCCACCUGGCCAACUACGUGGAGGACUACCUGGACUCCGUGGAGUCCCUGCCGUUCGACCUGCAGCGGAACGUCUCGCUCAUGCGGGAGAUCGACGCCAAGUACCAAGAGAUCCUGAAGGAGUUGGAUGACUACUAUGAGAAGUUCAAGCGCGAGACGGAUGGCACCCAGAAGAGGCGCGUGCUGCACUGCAUCCAGAGAGCCCUGAUCCGCAGCCAGGAGCUGGGCGACGAGAAGAUCCAGAUAGUGAGCCAGAUGGUGGAGCUGGUGGAGAACCGCACCAGGCAGGUGGACAGUCACGUGGCGCUCUUCGAGGCCCACCAGGACAUCAGCGAUGCGACCGGCAACAGCGGCAAAGCGGGCCAGGAGAAGUCCAAGAACGAGACAAUCACGCAGGCGGAGAAGCCGAACAACAAGCGGUCCCGGCGGCAGCGCAACAACGAGAACCGAGAGAACGCUUCCAGCAAUCACGACCACGACGACGUCGCCGCAGGAACACCCAAGGAGAAGAAGGCGAAGGCCUCCAAGAAGAAGAAACGCUCCAAGGCCAAAGCGGAGCGGGAGGCGUCCCCCGCUGACCUCCCCAUCGACCCGAACGAGCCCACGUACUGCCUGUGCAACCAGGUCUCCUAUGGAGAGAUGAUCGGCUGUGACAACGACGAGUGCCCCAUCGAGUGGUUCCACUUCUCGUGCGUGGGGCUCAACCAUAAACCCAAGGGCAAGUGGUACUGUCCCAAGUGUCGGGGGGAGAACGAGAAGACCAUGGACAAGGCGCUGGAGAAGUCCAAAAAAGAGAGGGCUUACAACAGGUAGCUUGUGGAGAGCGAGCCACCCGUGUAUUUAUUGCAUUGCCGCCUCCUGAGGCGUGGGGUUGUAAAAUGUAUAUUUUUAAAGAACGCUAGCACAGGAGCCGUGGCUCGUGUGGGGUGGCAGUGGCUCUCUGCCUUUGUCUGCGUUGGUACACGUGUAACACGAACGCGCUCUGUGGAUCAGCAUCUUAGAAACUACAAAUAUAGGUUUGAGUUAAACACU